GUGCUGCGUGGCAGACUGGAGAGUGGCACUUGGCACUAGCUGACGGCGAUGUCAAGGGAUGGUGCUUAACUACUACUAUCGAAUAGUUGAGGAUGCUGAAUUGUGCACACCACUGAACAAAGGUUUCCAGAUGCAACUUGUCACUUUGAAAACUUGCAAGUUUACCGUUCUUCAUUUUUGUGGUCGUAGAUGUUCAGGAUUCUUCAACCAUCUUAUUGUUAAGUGAACCAAAUGCAACCUGUAGGGAGAUCCUGAGAGCCAAGGAUCAAUCCCAAGUCCUUCCUUUAUAUGAAAAUUAUUUAUCCACAUUUGGGAAGAUCCUGAGAGCCAAGGAUCAAUCCCAAGUCCUUCCACUAUAUGAAGAUUAUUUAUCCACAUUUGGGAAGAUCCUGAGAGCCAAGGAUCAAUCCCAAGUCCUUCCACUACAGAAUAUGAACAUUACUUUUACACAUUAGGGAAGAUCCUGAGGGCCAAGGAUCACUUUCAGGCCAUCAUAUGUACUGUAUACUGUUUGGAGGUCCAUUAUCAUCCUUAAAGGAAGAUCCUGAGUGCUAAGGAUCAUUCCAGUCCCAUUCCAUUAUCACUUUAUAAUCUUUCAAUUUUGCAGGUUGAUCCAUACUAAGGGAUGAUUUUGUUGGAAGUGAACUGGUAAGUUAAUUUCAUUACCUGAAGGGGACACUGGCAGUGUACUACUGUUAAUGUAUAGUAAAAAAUCAGUACAGGUAGUAGUUGAACAUAUAUAAAACACACCAGUAAGCUUAAACUUGUAUUUUUGGGUGACAUAUUACAUUAAGAAGUACAGUAAUAUAUUUGAGAAUGGAACUCAAUUCCAGUAAAGUAGAAGCCAGCUUCAGAAAAGAAGAACCCUCCAUUAAAGAGCAGAUGUGCUUGACUGUACCAGAUGACUUGAAAAAAGAAGUGUCUUAUUUAUAUGAUUCGAUCUAUGCAGAUGAGGUAAAGAGGCUGUGUGAUCAGAGACCUGGAGAUGAGUUGUGGCAUCAUGAAAAUGACAGCAGAGUAAGGGAUCUGAAGAAAAAAGCAGAAACGCUUGCUGCAUGCAUGUCUAUUGCACUUUUGAUUAUGAAUAAGUGGUCACCAAAGAUGCGGAGACAUGCUGAAAAGCUGAUCUUGAACAAAGCCAUUCACAAAAAUUAUGUGGAUGAUAAAAAUCUUAAAUUUGUGUAUGCCCUUGACAUUAGUGAAGAAAUUGAUGAAACUGGAUGGGUGAUUGAAAAGAAUGAUGAUAUCAUCAUUGACCUACUUUGGAACAAAUUUAACAUGAAGGAACAUUUUCAUAUGGUACACAUUCAUCGUUUGUGGGUACAGCGCAGUUAUGAUAGACUCAAAGAACAUAUGCCUUCUCUUUGUCCUGAAAUCAUUGAGCGUCAUGACCUUUCCAAAUUUGCCUUUAGCCAAGCUGUUGGUUAUACAAUGAAACAUGUACAUAACACAUAUCAUCAUAUGUGGAAGACAGCCUGUGACCUCCAUUUACAGAAUGAACCUCAUCAUCCUCAGACUUGGUCUAAAUCAUGGACACCUGAAGUAAAGUGCAAGAAAUUAGAGCUUUGGAUGAAAAAUGCUUGCGAUUUCCGUGAUGGAUAUCCAUAUGGGAUAAAUCUGGCAACUUUAGAUUUUGCUUCCGAGGACCUAGCAGAAGUUUUCCUGCUAGAGAGCUUUAUCGAUAUGGUGGCUAUUGAAUGGGAGAGAAAAAAAGGUGGUCGAUUAGAUAUUCACACUAGAGACCUUGUGUAUAUAGAGGAUAAGUUCCUAAGAAGAUAUAGCAAGGGGCAACAUAAAUUCAUUAGUGCUUUCAUGUAUCAAUUAAUUGACUCUUUUCCAUCUUGGAAAGAUGAGGACUUAACACAGAGGGAAAAGAACCUGUUGUCAUUUGUUCGGGAAGAAGAUAAAAAUUUUAUUAUGAGACAAAUGCAAUCUCAGAAAAAGGUAGAGCUGGAUAGAAUUCUCCAGCAUGCAAGAGAAUCAGGAAGGAGUUCUGCAGGACCAAGUGGUGCCAGUUAUGAGAAAAGUGAUGAAAGAUUUCAGAAAAAAGCAAAUGAUAAUGCAUACUUCACCAUGGUAGCCUAUAUAGUCAUGGAGUAUUGGGAUUACAAUUUCAGAAAACAUGUAGAAGGGCUCAUUCUCAAGAAAGCUAUUGAAGAACAUUUUAUUAAAGAAAGUCAUUUGCAAUGGAUAACUGUGAUUGAAAAGAGAGAAGAACCAAUGGAAGUAGAAAAUGGAUCAGAAUUGCUGAAUAAUCCAGUGGCAGAGGAUGACCUAGUUAAAAUAAUUUGGGAAGAUUUCAGUGUACGAGAGCAUUUUUCUCAGAUGAAGAGUCAUCGCCAUUGGAUUAUGCAAAGCUUCCUCCGACUUUCAAAGUUUGUUCCAGAAUUAUCUGAAGAAGUAAUAGAACGUCAUGACCUUUCAAAAUUUGCAUUCUCUCAAGCAAUUGGCUAUACCCUCAAGUGGGUUCAUGGUAUUUACCAUCCCAUUUGGCGUAAUGCUUGUGAUCUUCAUAUGCAUAGUGAGCCACAUCAUCCAGAAAUGUGGUCUAAUACUCAUUCUCCAGAAAACAAAAAAUCAUGUCUUGAAUCUUGGCUUUGUGUACAGGCCGGAGGUUCCAAGUAUGGUGUAGAGGUGUCUACACUUAAUUUAGCCUCAGAGAGUAUGGCAAAAGUCUUUUUGUAUGAAAGCUUUUUGGAUAUGGUAGGAAUAGAGUGGGAAAGGAAAAAGGGUGGGGAACUGGAUUUAACAGAUACAGAACUCAUUUACAUGGAGGCCAAGUAUCUGGCGCGAUAUUCUAAGUCUGAUAAAGCUAUUGUGGUCAAGCUGAUGACAGUGAUUCGUGAAGCUGAUGUAAAGUUCAAGACCAAAUUAUAGCUGUAGUUCAGUACAGUACUUUCAGGAACUUUUUGCUGGGAGUUUACACAGUAGUGGAGAGUAAUUUACUAUAAUUCCCUUAUUUAAGCACUAGUCAAUUCACUUUUUUUUUGUGUGUGUGUAAAACUAUAAAAGUUGUAGGGUUAAGCCGAUUUGGUGUGCAUUUGUAAAGGUGCAGGUAGAAGUUAACUCUAGUACAGUACUUGUGUACAGAUUUCAUUAACACAUACAGUACAGUACAGUAUGUAUUAAUUUUUUUAUGUACAAUCGCUUCAGAAAGUAUCUGCAAAGUGGGGUCCAAUGGAUGUCAAAAUGAACACUGCAACUCCUGUUGUCGUGAGAGAAUUGUCAAGAUCCUUCAUCUGUUGUGUUAUAUUGUAUACCAGUAACAAAAAUUUUUGCCGAUACUUUUUAUAGUUAGCGUACAAUAUAUUAAUAUUAAUGUACGUUCUGUACAGUAUAGUAUUGUAUUAUGAAAUAUGUUCAGUCAAAGAAAAAAGUCGUGUUACACCCCCUCGCAUUACAGUAUGUUCCAAAACCCAUGAUAAAGAAUUUGGGUAAAGUAACAGUGAAGCUUCGAGGCACGAGUCUGAAUGUGGAACUUUACCCAAAUUCUACGUCACAGGUUUAAAAUCAUAAGGCGUAGUAACUGUAAUGUGACCUUUCUUUGACUGUAUAGCACUGCACUAUAUUGUAUAUAUAAUCAAGAUUUUCAGAUGACAUGCAGCUUUGAAUAUGGGGAAUGGUUUAUUUGUUAAAGUACAUGGAAAAAAAUUAAUUUCACUGAAAUUUUGAUAAAGGAAUGCAUUGUAAAGUUUUAUUGCAUGCAUUAAUUUAGCAUGAUAUUAUCCCACAGAAACCUUGCAUGUUUGCAACUGUUAUACUGUACAGUACUAGUCAAUGACUUACAUGUUGGUUGAGGAAAUUCAUAGAAAUAAGCAUUGGAAAUAAACUACUGUUAGGCUACUAGAAAGAAAGACUUUGGCAUCUAAUUACCUUUACUACAUGUAUUAGAAUAUCUUACUUUAUAUAAGAAAUUUGUAAAGGAUGGCAAAUGAUUUAUCUGGAUAUGGUACAGCAUACAGUAUAUAAGUACCGGUAAGUGGUUUAAUAGGGGUCUCAUUGAAUUAUUCACAAGUGACUUAAAGUAAAUUACAGUAUCCUUAAAUUAAUUUAAUGCAGUUCUUAAAUGAUAAACAUAACAACAAUUAUUUUGUAUUCCCACAGAUUGCUAAAAGAAUUUAACUUUAGAAAGGGUUUGAUAAAUACUUUUUCAGUAAUCCCAAAAUCUCAAUGUCUCUCUUGUGGAUGAUUUGUGGUAAAUUGAUGUAAUGUCAUUAAAUAUCAGUGUAACCACAUGAUGUGUUCCAAUUUCUUUAACAAAUACAGUACUGACUAUAAUUUAUCCGCUUCUAGAAAGCUUCACCCUAAUCAUCUGAAGUGAUGAGUUUUAGUUUGAAAAGUGUUGCUAGCUCAAAAAAUUAGGUUAUCAAGGUUUGAAAGUUUGUAGUUAACUAUUAUAUUCAUUGUCAGUGUAGUGUGUUUGUAGUGAUAAACUUGUUGGAACACAGAGAAGGCUGUUCCAUGCUUACUGGGUAAAUAUCAUUUGAGUUGUGUGGACAGUUGGAUAGGCAUAGUAACACUAAGAUGUGAAGUGAAUUUGACAAUGUGGCAGUACAGUGGUUCCUUGAGGGAAAAAAUGGAGUAGGUAUUAAUAAUGAUAUAUUUAUGAAUUACUUAUACAGGUAUGUGUUUUAACAACAUAGACUAACACUAUUUACAAAUAAUGAUAAAAUUGCCAUAAUCACCUGACCAGUAUACUGUAUAUCUCUUUUUAACAAGAUGCCAAGUGUGUAAUCUCCUAGUUCUUCAGUUUGUGCCUUAGACUUCAUUCACAACAUGCAUAAUUUUACAUGUAAGUUUCCUGCAACAUGAAUAACUUGCAAGAAGAAAUAAAAAGGUCUUUCAUACUUUCAAAUUUAAGACUAGUACUCAAUAUAGGCUCUAGGCUAUCAGGAAAUUUGAAGAAGAUACUGAUGGCUACUAAGACAUAUACAGUACAGUAGUUCUGAGAUGUGACAUUGUAUUCUGUGCAAUUUUAUGUACUGUACUGUAUUACAUAUUGUACAGUAUUCAUUAUUUGAAUGUAAUGUGCAAAAAUGUCUGAUUGAAAUUAUCUUUAUUAUGGAAGAGUUCACAUUCUUCCCUCUUCGAGUUUGAACUUAAUCUCAUAAUACAUUAUUUAUAGAUGAAGUCAUGGAUUCAAAAGUGAAAUACAUACGGUACUGUAUAUUUUAUAAAAUUGUCACCAAAAUAUUGAGUAUACUUAAUAAUGAUACAACACAUUAUUAAAUUCUUGAUAUACUCGCUCAUCAGUUGUCGGAAAUAACCCUUCACUUCAUAGUAAUGAACCUGUGAAGUGCUAUGAAAUACAGUACAGUACAUAAGGGAGUAUAAGAAGACUGGUAGAUAACUUACUGGUACUAUAUAUACAAUACUGUACUGUACCUGUGUUGUAUAUCAGGCAUAGGUUAUAUAAGAGUACAGUAUAUAUACCUCUGUACUGUAUACUGUACUGAAUUGUGUACAAAAAUUCAUUUUGGAAAAAAAUUGUUCCGAGCCAAAUAUUAGUUGAGUGAUUUAAAAUCUCGAGCAACAUAUGAUUCUUUUUGGUAUAAAGAUAAUUACUCUACUCAAAAGUUUAAGUUACUUGUGAUUUAGAUGAAACUGACUUACCUAGUUUUGUGUAAAUUAUUUUCAUGGCAGUUGUAUGAUUUGUAGUGGCACUCUACCUAUAACAGUCUAGUUAUGUUGUUUGUUGUGAAAAUGUGAAAUGUUGCUUAAUAUGGGAAAUCUGAAUAAAUGGACAGUGAA